GUCACAAGAGCUCCUCCUCCUUCUCUCUCCGGCUUUCUCCUUCCUAGUUCUAUAAGCAAUGAAAGCAGCACAGCAGCUCAUGAAGGUGUUUGUGACUAGAAGGCUUCCCCCGGAGGGGCAGAAACUUUUAUCCCAAGCUGAAAACUACACUGUCCAACAGUGGGAUUCAGAUGAUCCUGUGCCAAGGGCUGAGUUGCUGAGAGGGGUAGCUGGAGCUCAUGGUCUGCUCUGCCUCUUGUCAGAGAAGAUAGAUCAGGAGGUUCUGGACACAGCUGGGCCAAAUCUCAAGGUUAUCAGUACAUUGUCUGUGGGCUUUGACCACCUAGCAAUCAAUGAGAUAAAAAAGCGUGGAAUCAGAGUGGGCUACACACCAGAUGUGUUAACUGAGGCCACAGCAGAGCUAAGCGUAGCCUUACUACUAGCCACAUGUCGACGCCUGCCAGAAGCUAUACAAGAGGUGAAAAGUGGAGGAUGGAAAUCGUGGUCUCCAACGUGGAUGUGUGGGUAUGGAUUGUCUAACAGCACUGUUGGAAUCAUUGGCUUGGGAAGAAUAGGACUGGCUAUUGCCCAACGUCUUAAACCUUUUGGUGUGAAAAAGUUUUUAUACACAGGACGCCAGCCCCGGCCUGAAUGUGCUGCAGAGGUUAAUGCUGAAUAUGUAUCUUGUGAAAAGCUUACAGUGGAUUCAGACUUUGUUAUAGUGUCCUGCUCUUUAACCCCUGAGACUGAAGGCCUAUGUAACAAGGAUUUCUUUCAAAGAAUGAAGAAAACUUCAGUUUUCAUUAACAUCAGUAGAGGCUCUGCAGUGAACCAGGAAGACUUGUACCAGGCACUGGUCAGUGGACAGAUUGCAGCUGCUGGAUUAGAUGUUACUACUCCUGAACCCCUGCCAACAACUCACCCAUUGCUGAGUCUGAAGAAUUGCGUUAUCUUACCACACAUUGGAAGUGCCACAUAUAGUACAAGGAAUACCAUGUCUGUGCUGGCAGUAAAUAAUCUCCUGAGAGGCUUGGCUGGGCAAGAGAUUCCAAGUGAACUUAAGCUCUGAAGACGCAAGCUGGAUGCGAACAUCAUGCCUGUACUUUGUGCUAGAUAAUUCAUAAUUUUGUUGUUUGGUUAACCCAUUGUUUUGUAGUUCUGAAUAAUUAAAACACAAAACAACUACAGUUGUCUGAAGAAAUUGGUAUAUACACGAUAAGUGCAGUAAAAAGGAAAACAUACAUUUUAACCUGAGACAUAGACAGUUAGACACCACCUGCUACCCCCCAAAACUUCACUUGCAGCCUGUCACUGUGGGUUAAAUAACACUACUGGCUUUUCAGUGUGAUAAGGUUUAACAGAUGUUAGAGAAAAUCUUCCACCUUUUUGUACAUCUUUGAACUUUUGAUUAAAAUAUGUAUUUGCUAUGAUAAGUCAUAGAACCUCCAUAUAGAUAGCAUUUUGCAUAGUCAUUACUGUUUUCACUGGACUGUGUACCCAGUCUGACCAUGCAAGCUUGAUCACAAUCAUGUGUGCAUGUGAUGAGAUCUAAUUUCUAAGGUUGCAGUAGCCUGUAAAAGUGAAAUGCACAGUAAUUGUGUCGGGUAAACUUACUACUCGGUGCAUGCAU